AUGUCUAAAGUUUUCUUUGAUGUCUCUGCCAAUGGUUCCUCUUUAGGAAGAAUUGUCUUCAGAUUAUACAACGAUAUUGUUCCAAAAACCUCUGAAAACUUCAGAGCUUUAUGUACUGGUGAAAAAGGUUACGGUUACAAAUCCUCCAAAUUUCACCGUGUUAUUCCUCAAUUUAUGUUACAAGGUGGCGAUUUUACCAGAGGUAAUGGUACUGGUGGUAAAUCAAUUUAUGGUGAGAAAUUCCCUGACGAAAACUUCAGGGUUGCUCACACCAAACCAGGUUUAUUAUCUAUGGCCAACUCUGGUCCAAACACCAAUGGCUCUCAAUUCUUCAUCACCACUGUUCCAUGUUCUUGGUUAGAUGGCAAACAUGUUGUUUUCGGUGAAGUUGUUGAAGGCUACUCUGUUGUCAAGAAAAUUGAAAGUUUAGGUAGUUCAUCUGGUGCAACCAGAGGCGUCAUUUCAAUCGAUGACUGUGGUGAAUUAGCUAAUUAA